UGAAGGAAAACAAAAAAAGGAAAGAAAAUUCCACUCCCUGCUUAUUCGGAGCUGAAAAUAACGAGACUCGGCUGCCGAGGGGGAGGAUCUGAGACCAGAAAUGGCGUUGGAGCCUCUGCCUUUCCAGGAAGCGGAUCGCUGUGACGUCUGUAAAUGCAGCUUCAGCGCUUUCCGGCGAAGGCAUCAUUGCCGUCGUUGUGGAAGGACAUUAUGCCACGAACAUUCGUCAAAUCAAAUGGCUCUACCUCAAUUUGGAAUCCACUCCUGUGUUAGAGUUUGCGCUGAUUGUUUUAAUGAUUCUACUUGGUCAGGAAAUGUUGAUCCACAGGCUUCCUCAGAUGCGGUUAAUUCUGUAACAGAUAAAGUUUCUAUAUUAGACAUUGGUACAGAAACAAAUUCCAAAACAGAUACAGAGACCCAGCAUUAUUCUGUUGCUGGUGUUAUAGAGUGCAAGUGUGGGAUGCCUUUAUGCAUAUGUGAACCUCCAGCUCCUACUGUAGAUGCACCUCACUUACAGAUGAAAAGCCCUUCUACCAAUAUUUCUCAAUCAAAUCCAAAGCCAAAAAAGACAGGUGCCAUCCCUAAGAACAGAGGUUCCACUUCAAACAGCAAUUCUAGUUCUGUUUUCAAUCAUGGUCAAAUGACAAAUGGUGGUAUUGAUAAACCUCAGAUGGAUUAUGAAGUAAAUGGGGAGGGUUUGAGGGAAGCCAUAAAGAAUGGUGACAGUGCUGCAGUCAAGAAGCUACUCAGUGAGGAUGUGGAUGCAAAUUAUCGUGACAAGCAAGGACUGUCUGUAUUACAUUUGGCAGCACUCUUUAACCGAACUGACAUAGCUUUUUCGCUCAUGGAAUCUGGAGCAAGCCUGGACUACAAGAAUGCACAAGGCGAAACUCCGCUGGACUGUGCUCCUCCAACUUUGCAAUACAAGAUGAGAAAGAAAAUGGAAGAACAUGGGCGGCAGGGCCCACAUAACACCAUCUGAGACUGAGAGUAUGUGCAUCCCUUUUUUUUCCUUUAAUCUGCACAUGCAAUGCAAAUUGUUCAUCCCCUCGAGAAAUUGUUUUUAUUAAUUUCUGCAUGGAGUUGUAUUAUGUAAAUUGUGCAUGGAGUGUCCAAUAGAAUACUCUCUCUCUCU